AUGUCGGCAGCGGCUGGUUUUGCGCUAGUAACACCUGCCUCAAGGGGCUUGGGGUUUGCCUUUGCACAGCAACUAUUGACACGCACCGAGCUCCCUGUCAUCGCAACAGCCCGCAAAGACUGCAAAGGGACCCGGGAGAGAUUACUCUCCAGCGAAGGAGUGCCCAGGGAUUCGGCGAAAAGACUACGCGUCCUCAAGGUCGAUGUCACAGAUGAAUCCACGAUAUCCGCAAUGGCAGACACAAUCAAACAGGAGUUCCCAGACACGCCUAUGAGGUUGGGUCUGACGAUCCCUGGCACUCUGCACGUCGAAAAAUCACCAAGUCAAAUUGACGCCACCAAAGCACUGGAUAGCUUCCAAGUCAACUCCCUCGGCCCAUUGUUACUCAUGAAGCACCUCACGCAAUUUGUCCCACUCAGAUCCGCGCCCGCGUUCGCAAGCGAUUCGAGCGGCACAAAUUCCCCGAAUUCUUUGUCACUGCCUUCACAUGCUAUCUAUGCUAUGAUGGCGGCUCGCGUUGGUUCGAUCUCCGACAACAGUUCGGGCGGGUGGUACUCUUAUCGCGCGAGCAAGGCAGCGGUCUUCCAGCUGGCCAAGUCGUUUGAUUUGUACUUGCGGACGAAGAGCGCGGAGCGGGCGAUCGCAGUUGCGUUGCAUCCUGGGACUGUUCGGACGGAGUUCACGAAAGAUUUCUGGGGAGGGAGGGACAUGCUGGAGCCAGGCGAUGCAGCGACCAGACUGUUGGAAGUUCUUUCUGGGUUCUCGUCGGAGCCGAAAGGAGGAAGAGGAAGGUGUUGGGAUUGGAAGGGUAAGGAGGUCGUGCCGUGA